AUGCGGACAACGGUCUCAAACUUGCAGGAAUGGUCUAGGAAUGGUCUCGGAAAGGCUGCUGUAGAUCUUCCCUGUCCUCAAUUUGAUGGGCCAGUAUCCCUGAUAUUGUUCUCCGCUUUAGAGGAUACAACAGAGGCGCAGAGGCGGGGAGCCCAGGGUCACAAGCAGAGUGCCUUGGUACCAAAUGAGGGGUUGUUCGGGAGUUAUCGGUUCUGGCCAAAACCGCCUGCUAUCUUGCCCAUCACGACCUGGUCGCAUCUUCUGGUCCGCCUGCAGAAGGAUGUUGGUGAGGUCUAA